GUGUUAUCGCAACCUUGUAGUGUGUGGGUGCGUCAUUUGUUUAUAUGGUUUAUAUAAACCAUUCAGACGGACGGAGAUAUUCGGUUAUCUCCCUCAGAAGUUGCCAUUCGCGGAGAUUCACCUCAAUUGUUCUCGAGACCAUUGUGAUUUUAGUCUGAACUCUUCUGGUCUACACAUUAGGCGAAUGUUAAUGAGUUAGCGUGAUCCGCAGUAAGACAGUGCUUAUCAUUUUAGUUCCUUUUGUUUGCAAGAAAGUUAAAUGACAAGUGUGCUCAGUCGUACUCGCUUACUGACCCGGUUUAAACUCAACACCGCUGUGCCGCUAGUUCAGCUGUACGCCAGAAAAAUGAGCGAAAGAGCUGAUACCGUGUUGAAUGCUGCAGACAGCUGGUUCAAUAAAUAUGUUGCCGUCCAAGAUGCACCGGAAGGGAUUUUCAAAGGAGUUUCCGAUCGAUUCAAUGGGAUUACAGUCGACUCGAAUCUCGAAACGUGCCAUCCAGAGCAGUUUUCGUCAGUCUUGCAAAAAUCGCUCUCUCAUUGGACAGACAAUAAGAAAAGAGGCAUAUGGUUUAAGGUUUACCUGAACUCCAGCCAUUGGGUCCCAGAACUGGUGAAUAGUCAGUUCAAAUUUCAUCACGCCAAAGACAACUUCGUUAUGAUGUACCGAUGGUUACCGUCCGAUGAAAGUCCGAACAUCCCACCCUACGCACACACAAUGGUCGGAGUCGGCGCUCUAGUCCUAAACGAUAUGAACCAAAUCCUCGUGGUCAGCGAGAAAAAUGCAUUGAUCAAGGGAUCGUGGAAGCUCCCCGGUGGAUAUGUGGAACCUUGCGAAAACUUUGUGGAAGCAGCCAUCCGGGAGGUCCAGGAAGAAACCAACAUAAAGACCAAAUUUGAAUCCGUAGUUUCCUUGCGGCACGCUCACGGUGCUGGCUUCGGAUGUUCCGAUCUGUACAUAGUAAUGGCUCUGUCGCCAGAGAACUCCGAAAUCGUAAAGUGCGAUCGGGAGAUUUCCAAAUGCGAAUGGAUGGACAUUGAGGCUUACUUGCAACAUCCCAAGGUGCACGAAACCAAUCGCAACUUUGUUCGCACUUAUCUGCAGUACAAACAAAAUGGAUUGAAGUUCAUUUGCAAGGAUGAAGUACAUUCUGUGUUGAAGAAACAAUACAAUAUCUACCAGGUAGAGGCCGACAGUACCAAACUUCCCAAUAGCUCUUUAUAGUCAUGAAUUUUAUUCGCAAAGACGAUUAGCCCGAUGCGGGUUGUCUAAAAAAUAAACCGUGGAAUAUUGUUUUGUAAAUAUUUUGUUUGUGGAAAUAAACCAUUGUUGAUUAGAAAUAGAAAUAA